AUGUUUAGUCACAGAAAAUGGCUGCUGGUAGCUGGACUUACUUCGAAGAAGAUGAAGUUUGUAGAAAAACGUCGGAUGGCUCGUUUGUGUAUGGCAUUGUGACCAAGAAUUCACUCUAUCAGAGCAGCGAUGAAGAAGAGGAUGAUGUCGAUCGUUUAGAGAAGGGAAAAGUCCGUGUGUCUUGGCAUCCGUCGGGCAAAGAAACAGUUGUACCAGAAAACCAGGUGUGGAUAUAUCCCAUGAUAAUGUUUCGAAUGGGUACUUAACAUGACCAGGGGACAUAAGCUGAUACUUACGGACAGAUCGUUGAUGCCUGGGGAUGUGAUCAGAAGAUUUGGGGAAGAUGCAAAUAGUCAGAGAGGAUUUGUCCAGGACCUGAGCGGGAAAUGUCACAUACACAUACGAGGCACAAACAAAUUUUUGUAUAACGUCAACAGCAAAGAUUUAAGCAGCAUGAAAAUUGAAGAAAUAGCAAGAAAGCCUCCCAGUAAUGCUUUUUGUGAUGUGGAGAUGGACUCGUGGGUAGGGAAGAUAGAGAGAGUGAAUGAGGAGCUUGUGCUACAAUUCUCGGAUGGAGCUCUGUGUAGAGUACUUGACUCUGACCUUCUGGAUGAUUUUGAACCUGUCAAAGACCAUUUGAAGUCGUGCAGUGAUGACACAUAUCUUUACAAAGGUCUGGUGAUGAAGGGAAGUAUAGGAGACUUGAAGGAUGUUGUUUGGUUAUCUACCACUAGUAAACAUGGACCCAAAGCAGUCAGAAAAUCUCCUAAUCAAACUGUCACAGUCCGCAUCGAAGAAACCAAACUAAAGUCUGUAGAGGUCUACUGGAUGUGUCGAAGUUUUACCAAGUCAGACAAUCCACUUCUAAGAAUGACUCCACCUCCUUCAAAAGUCGAGGAUCCAGAGCUCCAAAGGUUGCAGAUUUUGGACUGGUUUGCGCACUGCAGUUUACAGAUUAGUGAUUUUGCUCAGUAUGUUAUAAAACCAUGUGAUGAACUCUCAGAAAUUCCACCCAAACUGAGCUUUAUACCAGACAUUAUGUUAAACCCUCAUAGAGAUCCAGAAAAAUUGGUAGAAAAUGAUGAAGUGAAAAAGACUGGAGGCCAAAAAAACAGUGAAGAGGAAGAGCCUGCAGCUUUGGUCAAUGGAGACAUUGCUGGUGAAGUUCAGGCAAAGGUGGAUGAAAAUGAUGAGUAUGAAGAUGUCGACACAUCAGAAUCAGAACCUGAGGAAGAAAAAACUCACAAAAAGCACUCUUCAAGUCACAGUAGGCAUAAAGGAAGAAAAGGACAUAAAUCAGGAAGUGGAGGAAAGAAGGGAGGUAAACGGGCCAAGCAGACGGUCAAGUUUGAACCGGAAUUCCCCAAAUGUUUACCAGGAGAGAAGGUAGCAGUAGGUGUCUGUUACACCUUCUCCACGGCAACCGUCAUGUGGCAGGAUGGGACUGUGGAGUCAGACAUUCCCUCUCCUGAGCUCUUCCCCAUACACUACCUUGAUGAACUGGAAUUCUUUCCUGGAGAUUACGUUGUUGAUGCCAAAGAAGUUGCUGCAAAGAACUGUGACUAUGGUGUAGUGGUGAGCUCUAACCACAAAGAGAGAACGUGUCUAGUCAAAUGGCUGAAAACUGUGGAUAUAUAUAAAGGAGAAAGACCAGAGGAAAAUGUUGAGGCAGUGGAGGUUAGUGCAUAUGACCUAAAGGAUCAUCCAGACUUCAAAUUCCGACCAGCUCAGACAGUAAUUAGAGUUACAGAAAUACAGGAUGAAAGUAAAGAGACAGUGGGCCAGAUUCACAGUUUGGACCCUCAAGGGAUCAUCAAUGUCCAAUGGCCUUCAGGCGAGAUCACACGGUGUUACCCACAAGAACUCUACAUUGUAGGGGAUGAGAUGAGCGAGUUUGAUAGCUCGAGUUGGUCUACAGAAGAAGAGGAGACAGAGGAGGAGGAGGACUCAGACAUGAGCUGGGAGACAGAGGAUGAAGAGGCUGUAGACUCAGAGGACAAUGGUGAAGGAGGCAUCUCCCUCAUGUUCAUAACCAGAGAAAAGAAGGAGGAACUGGAUGCUUUAUUGUCCAGAGCUCAGACGGCCCUGGAAAACCUACAGAAAAUAUUUUUCACUUUCACAGGAAAGAUAACAAUAACCUACAGGUAUCUAAGAGAUGUAAUUGCUGUCUAUAAACGCUGCCAGGAUCUGGAGAAAAUCCUCAAAUCUCAUUUCUUUGAAGAAGAAGAGCUAGCAAAGUUACUGGAGGAAAUUAGAUUGUUGAUGUAUGAUGAGAAGAGAAAUGAAUUGAAUGAUCGCUUGUUAAAGAUAUAUGAGAAAAGGAAAAGUGGAGGAAGCAAUGAAUCCCCUGACAAGGAUGAUUCCACUGCCAGCAUUUCUCAGGCAUCGGAAGAUACCACAAAUCACGUGUUCUCAGAGACUAACAAACCCAACAGUCCAGAAUCAGAGCUCACUCAUCUUGCUAACGCAAUAGUUCAGUCAGUGAUGAAGACUUUCACAGCCUCGCAAGUACAAAACCAAGAAUCUAGUGCUCAGGAAAGUGCAAAUUUACAAAAUGGAAAUGCACACGAUAUUUCAUUUGGUGCAACUUCAGCUGAAGAAAGUUUGCCCAAUGUAACAAACAAUGAUGCAAAGUCAGCCUCUCCAAUGAAAUGUAAUGGUGAUCCUGAAUGUUGGCAGACGCAUGAAGAAUGUUUAAAUGUUUCCAGUGACAAGAAAGAACUGAAUGUGAGUCAGGAGUCGGGUCUUGAAGUUAGUGACUGUGAUUCUGGUCUGGGUGAGUCCAAGGGGAGUGGGGCUUCUUUAGAUAGGGAGACAUGGGUCUCAAAACAGAGAAAGAAGGAGGAUGUGUGUAAAAGAUUCUGUCAACUGAUGCUCAUCCAGAUGGUAAAGAUACGAUAUGAGAUUGGUGAGCGGUGGGAGAAAACAAAGCAGUGGAUGGGGGAGGGUAAUGAAUGUAAGCAGACGGACAAACCAGAGAGUGAGGAAUCUCAAGGAGCCAAGCUUGUAGAAGAUAUGGAGAUGGCAUCUAAUGUGGAGACAAAUUGUAAGGAACUGGAUGAAGAGAAAAGCCUUGAAGAGACAUGGGGUGUAACAGAACUCAAAGAGGAAGUGGGGGCCUAUAAACAAGUCACCGCUAAAACACAAGGCUUUCAGAUUUGUGAUGUGGCUCCAUCUACCCAUAAUUUUGCAUCCAAGGUUUACUCCCCUCAGGAUCCCAAGUCUUUCUUAAGAGCAGUCAAAAAGGAGUAUGAACUGCUUCAAAGCAAUCUACCAAGUGGCAUUUUAGUGAAAGGUUUCGAGGACAGAAUGGAUCUAUUUUCUGUGAUGAUCCUCGGGCCUCAGGGUACCCCAUAUGAGGAUGGCCUCUUCUUCUUUGAUGUCUUCCUGCCUGCCGACUACCCAACCUCACCUCCAGUGUUCCACUACAUUUCCUACUGCACAGACAGACUCAACCCCAACCUGUACGAGGAUGGAAAAGUGUGUGUCAGUCUGCUGGGGACCUGGGAUGGAAAGGGUAGUGAGAUGUGGACAGCUAAGUCCAACAUGCUGCAGGUUCUUGUGUCUAUCCAAGGUCUGAUUCUGGUGGCAGAACCCUAUUACAAUGAAGCUGGGUUUGAAAAACAGAGGGGAUCUGUGAUUGGUCAUGAAAACAGCAAGAUGUACAAUGAAAUGGCCAUCAUUAAGCUGAUACAAAGUUUGACCAGAAUGAUAGAGAAUCCUCCACAUAGUUUUAAGGAGGAGAUGACAAAGCACCUCAGAAAAAAUGCUGCAAGAAUGAUCCAACACUUCCAGUUCUGGAUGAAUGCAGGCAAUGUGAACCAGGAUAGUGGGCUUUGUUUGAACUGUGACUCAUCAGGGGCAGCUGGUCACUCCACAGACCAAAUAAUGGAUAUGUCCUCAUCACCUUCUUCGAUACACCAACUACAACCUGACUGUCCAUUUGAAGACAAAGACGCAGGGUCCAUCAGGCCUCCAGAAUUUCCUCUAUUUCCUCCUUCUAAAGGCUUUUGUAUUCCCAUGAGAAAAUACUUAGAAACUUUCAAGCAGACAGUGGAAAAGAACAUUUUGUGUCUUAAUGUGGAUUCAACUGUUUAAUGAUAUGAAUAUUAGAUAUUCUAGUCCAAGUUUAAUAUUAUUUAUUUCAUUCUUUAAUAUGAUGUAUGCAUUGUGCUGUGCAGGUUCAUCAACAUUUGAGGUGAUUGUAUUUUACAUUGUCUUUCCUCUUUGAUAAGUAGCCAUUAAAGAUGGCCUAGUUCAUAAAUUCCCUUUUAUAGCAAAAACUUUUGAUGUUUAUAUCCUCCAUGGGAAUGGUGAUUAUGUGUUCUAUGCUAUUUGUAUGUGGUUUAAUGUUAAUAGUGUUAUUUUAGAACCUCCGAGAUGAGAUCAGUUUUGUCAAUGGUGUUUUAGCUCACCUGAGCCAUAAGCCCAGGUGAACUGUUUUGAUCAAAGUUAAUCUGUCUUCUGUUGUCGGUAGCCGAUUGUAAAUUUUCACUUCUUCUCUAAGUCUACAGUAGGGGUUUGAAGAAUUACACUCUUGUAUAUACAUGUAUCUUACACUGGAUAUGAUGCCUUAGGAAUACAGGAGCAGUGUUUAAAAGUAAACUUUUCUUUGAAACAUUUAAUUAUCCUUUUACUUCAAUCCUAGUAAAGUCACUUUCAUUUGUAUGCUUUAUUGGGAAAUGUGCAUUUUGAAUUCCAACGUGCACAUGGUGGUCGUUCUUGCUUUUAAAUACAGUGUGUAAUUUAAGACACAGUAGGCUAAAACAUUGCUUAUGUGAUGGCUGCAGUCGAUAAACUCGAGACAGUUUGAUCCAUGAUUCUUACUAUUGUAGAUGGAAACAGUUUUCCUUAAACUUUGCCUAUUGGUUCUAAUGUUAAUUUUACUUACUGCAGUAGGAGUCUUAUUGCAUUAGAAUUUAAUUACACUUUGUGAGAAAUAACAUGCAAACAUCCUAAGGCACGUCGUGUUUGUAGUGGUUCAUUAGCAGGUCUUGGCUUUUUGUGAGUUACUGUUCGGGUUCCAGGAAGAUCUCCCAAGGUGGAGGUGAGCAUCGUGGCCCAAGGGCCUCUUCUAUUAAUUCUGUUUACAAAUGACAAGCUUGCAACUUGUGUGAUGAUAUUGUCAAAAUUUCAGCUUCUUAGAAUUUAGAAGUCUUUUAAGUUGUUUAACAUUUUGGUGCCAAAGUCUAGUUUUGCAAAUUUUGUGAUACAAAUGUUGUCCUCUAGCCUCAUUUGCUAUAUAUUUCAGAUGCCAGUUUUGGAUUUUGUUCUAAAAUAAGUAAUUAAGGGACAAACAAGAUGUUCAAGUGGCAUGCAAUCCAGUGUUCAGGGCACAAUAUUGAGGGACAAAGAACAAUUUUUUUUAUUGAAGCAUUUAUAGAUAUUCAGGAUUGUAUACAUACUGCAAUCUUACAUAUUUUGUUUCUGUUUACAUGUAAUGGAAUUUUGGAGAUCAACAUAAUAUUGUACUGUAAGGUUUUGUCAGGCGAGCCCUUUUUGAAAUGGUGGAGUCGUGAUUCCCAAUAAAUCAUCAAGAGAGUCCAGAAAAUUAACACAAGCAAAUUCCAUAUCUGUGUAAUUUGUAUUAUUGAAUUGGUAUUCGUUUAAUCAUAGAUUCUUUUAACUUGCAUUCAAUGAAGAUUUUCAUAUGUAAAUAAGCAAAAUACAGCAAUCAAUUUAUAUCCCUGAAUACUGAAACACUAGAAAGUGUUGCUGGUACAAUCUGAUAUUCUAUUGCAUUUACGCCUAAAGCAUUAGCACUGAUUUCUUAACAAAAGUAUGUCCGUGUUUAUGGUUUAGCUACUCCGAUGAUUGUCACAUUCAACAGAGUGUGGGUGGUGAUUAUCAAAAUGAUUACCCAUCCCUGUGUGUCAGUCAGUAAAGUGGCAGUGCAUUGGAGAUUAUAUUUGGAUCUUUUGUUGUCCCACUGGGACACUCUAAAGAGACAAACUGUGUUCCAUCAGGUAUGUCUUGUCAGGACAUUUGAAUUCAUGUAAUGAGCCAGACAUGACACCCAACAUUUAGCUUUAAUUAUAAGCAGUUUUUUUUUUACACGGGAGAUACGUUUAAUUUGUUUGAUAUUUAUUUACGCCAGAAUGAUAUCAAUACUGGCUUGAUGCUUGACCCUGCAAAAAAAGAGGCAUUAUACAUGAAUACUUUCUCUGUUGGAGUAUGAAGCAAGUUACAGUGUACUUUCUUUGUAAAAGUAUUUUGCAGCCGAGAGAGUUUUAUUUGUUAAUCUGUGGAUUGUUUUCUGCUAGAAUUUGUUGAUAUGCACAUUAAUAAUAAACAUGAAAAUAUA